ACACUCCGGAAGUUAAAUUUUGACAUUGAAACGGGUAUGGCGUCGUCGAUAUGGAAGUGCUCCACUUUUUGAGUUCAAACGUUCGUUUUCUUGUUUGGACUGAUGUUUUUACAUAAUGGCAAAUACUAGAGUUUACGUUCUGUUGUUGGUAUUAGUUGUGUUUCCCUACCCGUGCAUGUCAGUAAAAACAGAGACAGUAAAGACUUUGCAUGUGUUGCAGCGAGAUAACGAGGGAAGGGACGGUUUCCAUAAGGAUUAUGCUCUUUCUGACAACCGGCUUUCAUCAACCAAACAUGACACUGAAGAGGCACGCGAUUCACUCGACCGAUCCGAAGACAUACCGACUGUCAGCAAGACUAAUGACACAGAUAACCGCGCAAAUGAGUCCAUCCACUUCACAUCAUCAUCAACCAAGCCAACAAUGCCAGCACCCCCAAAUCCCAAGGCCAUUCUGCCCGUGCAAACAGGCGUCCAGGCUCAAGAAGAAGAGCAGUCCAACGGGCUGACCAUUUUCUUCAGCCUUCUUGUUAUUGGUACCUGCAUCAUCUUGGUUCAUCUGCUUAUCAAGUUCAAGCUACAUUUUCUUCCAGAAAGUGUUGCUGUUGUGUCCCUUGGGAUUCUAAUGGGAGGAUUUAUUAAGAUCAUUGAGUUCCAAGAAUUGGCCAACUGGAAGGAGGAGGAAAUGUUCCGACCCAACAUGUUCUUCCUUUUGCUCCUGCCACCAAUCAUCUUUGAAUCAGGAUACUCUUUACAUAAGGGUAACUUCUUCCAGAACAUUGGCUCCAUCACCCUGUUUGCUGUGAUCGGUACGGCGAUCUCGGCCUUCAUUGUCGGAGGAGGCAUCUAUUUUCUUGGACAGGCAGAUGUGAUCUACAAGAUGACCAUGACAGAUAGUUUUGCCUUUGGCUCACUCAUCUCCGCCGUAGACCCCGUUGCUACCAUUGCCAUCUUUAAUGCACUCAACGUGGACCCCGUCCUGAACAUGUUGGUGUUUGGUGAGAGCAUCCUGAACGAUGCAGUCUCUAUCGUCCUCACAAAUACUGCUGAGGGUUUCUUCUCCCGCUCAGAUACAAGCAGGGUCACAGGCUGGGAGACAUUUCUGCAGGCAGUGGGUUAUUUCCUCAAAAUGUUCUUUGGUUCUGCUGCCUUGGGGACCCUGACAGGACUCAUCUCCGCUCUUUUCUUAAAACACUUUGACUUGAGGAAGACACCCUCACUCGAGUUUGGCAUGAUGAUCAUCUUUGCUUACCUUCCCUAUGGUCUAGCAGAGGGUAUUAAACUGUCUGGAAUUAUGUCCAUCCUGUUUGCGGGAAUCGUCAUGUCCCAUUACACCCAUCACAACCUGUCUCCUGUCACCCAGAUCCUCAUGCAGCAGACACUGCGCACCGUGGCUUUUAUGUGCGAGACGUGUGUGUUUGCCUUCCUCGGCCUAUCCAUCUUCAGCUUCCCUCACAACUUUGAAAUAUCCUUUGUCAUAUGGUGCAUCGUGCUGGUUUUACUGGGCCGUGCCAUCAAUAUCUUCCCUCUGUCAUUCCUCCUCAACUUUUGCAGAGAUCACAAGAUCACACCCAAGAUGAUGUUCAUCAUGUGGUUCAGUGGUUUGAGAGGUGCUAUCCCAUAUGCUUUGAGCUUGCAUCUUGGCCUGGAGCCAAUUGAGAAGCGGCAACUCAUUGGCACCACCACCAUCAUCAUCGUGCUCUUUACUAUCCUCUUCCUCGGGGGCGGGACCAUGCCACUCAUUCGUCUCAUGGACAUUGAAGAUAGUCAGUCACGACGCAAGAAUAAGAAGGACAUCAAUCUGAGCAAGACGCAGAAAAUGGGGAAUACUGUUGAGUCGGAGCAUCUUUCAGAACUGACAGAGGAGGAAUAUGAGGCUCACAUAUACCAGAGACAGGAUCUGAAGGGCUUCAUGUGGCUUGAUGCAAAGUACCUUAACCCCUUCUUCACCCGAAGACUCACCCAGGAGGACCUGAUGCACGGACGGAUCCAGAUGAAGACUCUAACCAACAAGUGGUAUGAAGAAGUUCGUCAGGGUCCCUCAGGUUCAGAGGAUGACGACGACGAGGCAGAGCUUCUGUGAAGUGAACACUUUUCCGCCAGAUGGAAAUACAGAUCGCUCACAUAUUCCACGGCACGUGAGAGUCACAAAGACUUCAGUCACAUGCCCUUUUUUUUUCUCCUUUUCAACUGCCACCAUGGUGAUGUGAAGAGAUUACUGGGAUGUGUUCCUCUCAUGAGGAAGUUCAGCAAAAUUGCACUAGCAAACACCCGAGGCAAAAUAUUUCUGUGAAAAGGAUUGUUCCUGACUUGAAUGUCACGUUGUCUGCACCAUAAUAAGCAGUUAAUUCAAAUCACUGAUGUUUGACACGACAUCACUGUGUUUGCUACUUGUGAAGUCACAGACUCUUUGAAUGUACAGUAAAGAAAUACAAUAACACCUUUCGUUUUUAUCCUGCUUCAGUGAAAAGUUUACUUUGUAUCAGGUGAAGAAUGUGCAAUAGUGUCAUUUUAUAUUUUAUGACUCAAUAUUUCUGGCCGGGUGUUUUACUUAGUAAGCACCACUGAUGAGCUGAAGCUUACUGAAUGAGGGUAACAUUUCAUAAGUGUCAAAUGCACACAGCAGCUCAUUUUGGCAACGAAAAGAGAGAAAUAAACAUGAAAAUAAAGAAACCUUCAGACUCAUUACAAUUUGCCGUGAUUUGCGAGUCAGGCUGCCUGAUGAGAUCAAUGUUUAUUUAUAUCCCCGGGCAAGAUUCCCAUAACUUCACUAUGCUUUAAAUAGAGCCAGAAUUGUGGCUUGUGUAAAAUUUACUGUGCUUCUCUAAUCAAGGUCACUACAAAUGAAUUGCUGUUUAUUUAUUACAAUGUUUGUGUGUUUCAUUGCUUUGAUACAAUCGCCUCAAACAAUGUGUGAGUAAUUAAAAAAAAUAAACAAUCCCAUAAAUUAAUGGUUGUCAUCAUGUUUGCAUUUAUAUGAGCUCUUGAUGAUUUUGUAACUUGGGAGAAAUUUCACAUGAUCUUACUUAACAUCAAAGCCGUGUUGAUAAUAUGGUGUACCACGGUCAUUUUGUAGAAGUCUUUCAGUAGUUCAAAGUGAAAUGCUUGUAUGAUGUAGAGUCAUGCCACAUAUGGGAACGUUUCGAAAUAUUGUUUGAUUUUCUUUAUCAUGAUUUGCCAGCCUAAAAGAAAAUGUCAUUAAAAUAUUGUGAUAUGGAUACUGUA